AAGAUGCCUGGGAAUCGACCGGUAAUAACUAGUAAGUGAAGUAUUUCCCGUCCCUUCGCCGUUGCUCUCGCUCCGGUCUUGUCUCCUCCCGCGCGAGUUCGCCUGCCGCCUGCGCCGAUCGUCGCCGAGCAGAGGCGCCGUCGUCCUUCUGUUUCCGCCGCAUCCUCACCGCUUAAGUUCAUUAUGUCUGGAAUGCCAACUGAUGAUGCAACUGGUCAAGUGAGGAUGGAAGGAGAUGUUUCUGACAAAAAGGAAGAAAAAACUCAAGACCAGAAUGAAGAAAGUGGAAUGCCCUCGCCACAGGAAGAGGAGGCAGCCAUAAAGAAAAAAUAUGGGGGAAUACUACCCAAGAGGACGCCACAUAUAACUAAGGACCAUGAACGGGCUUACUUUGAUUCUGCUGAUUGGGCUUUAGGAAAGCAAGGUGGAAGCCACAAACCUAAAGGGCCUCUUGAAGCACUGCGACCAAAACUUCAGCCUACUCAUGCGCGUGCACGGCGGACUCCUUAUGCAUCUGCUGACAACGAUGAGUGUAUGAAUUUGCCUUCUGAGGAUGUGAACCAGAAUGGUGAUCCCGUCGAAGACAAGAACAAGGAAGAAGUGUAACGAGUAGCUCCACGCGGGUCGAUUUGGAGCAAUGCCAUGGCUGUCCUUGAGCCAAACAGUUGCCUUGGUAAAUAACUAGAGCCAAGCCUACGCUUCUUGAGAGGUUGAGGCGUUGAGCUCUGCAGUCUGCAGUGUCAUCUUAAUGUAAGACGAGUAUAUCUGACGUCUACCACAUUCAGCUGUUCGCGGUCUUUCAGCUGCAGGAAUGAAAACGAUGCGGUGAAGGCGAUGCUGUAGUACCGGAUGUGCAAGGAAACAAAUAAUUCAUUAAAUUCAGCUCUCCAUCAAUGGAAAUUACUGAGAUAAUGGAGAACUUAUAAUAGUACUCCCUAUGAAUUUUGUAUUUGAGGCGUUGAUUUUUGAAUAUACGUUUGAAUUUUUCAUCUUAUUCAAAACUUUUGUGCAAACAUAUAAUAUUAUAAGUUGUUAAGUUUUUAGUGGCAAA